GAAGAAAAAGAAGAAGAAGAAGAGGAAGAAAAAAAAGAGGACGAAGAAGAGAAAGAAAAGAAGGAAGAAGAAGAAGAAGAAGACGCGAUGUUACCUGUUAGGUGCAGCUACGAGGAGGCGCGACGACGUAGACGACGACGAGGAAGAAAAGAAGUAAAUCAUCUUUGUGAAUCGAUCUGAUCGACAAAGUUACUUUAACUUUCUUUCGUUUAUUUUUUCCCCUUUUAUUUCUUUCUUUCUUUAUUUAUUUAUUUAUUGAUUAAUUGAUUGACUGACUGAUUGGUUGAUUGAUUGAUUGAUUGAUUGAUUGAUUGAUUGAUUGAUUUUCCUUUUCUUUUGUUUUUUUUUUUUUAAAUUAAUCCGUUUUUCCCUUUUCAUUUCCGUUUUUGUUUUCCUCCUCGUUCUAACAUCUCUCUAACCAACCGGCCCAGGCCCUCUCCUCCUCUUCUUCCACCAACCCCCACAUUGAUCUCCUCUCGUCAAUCUCUUUUCCCUUCCUUCUUCUUCCCUACCCGAUUAUCUCUCGAAUAACACGAGUUAUAUCUCUAUUCGCGAGGAGAAAGUAAAUCCGUAAGAAUUUACAACGUCCAAACCAAUAAUAAGUGAUACCGAUGUGUUCGCAAGUUUAAAAGAAAAACCCGUGUGUUUCUUUCUUGCUUAAGGAUUUAAUCGAGUUCUGUUCUUUCUUUUUUUUUUUCUUUCUUUCUUUCCUUCUUUCUUUCUUUCUUUUCUUUUCCCUUGUUCUUUUUUCGGAUAUGUCGCGCGAGGACGCGACGAUUCGAUCGGUGCAAUCGAGAAAAGGUGCGAGAAAGAAGUGAUAGUGAAAGACGUGAGGAUAGAAAAAAGAAAGAGGAAGCGUGUAAGAAAAAAAGGAAGAGAAAAAGAAAGAAAGAGGGAGGAAAUAGGCUUAGGAAAGCCGGUGUAAUAAAGAUAGAAAAUCAAGGUUCAAAAGGGAACCCGCGAAUUCGCGGGAUAAACUAUUCAACCUGGCGGACCAAGAAGAAAGUGGUUCGGCUGCGAUGCAGGGCAAGGAAAGCCCCGUCGGGUCCAACACCCAGGAGACUCAUCAGUAUGUCGGUCCUUAUCGCCUCGAAAAGACCUUGGGUAAAGGGCAGACCGGAUUGGUCAAACUGGGCGUCCACUGCGUGUUGGGCAAGAAGGUGGCGAUCAAGAUCAUCAACCGCGAAAAAUUGUCGGAGUCCGUGUUGAUGAAAGUUGAACGCGAGAUCGCCAUUAUGAAGCUGAUAGAUCAUCCCCAUGUUCUCGGCCUUUCGGACGUUUACGAGAAUAAGAAAUAUCUGUACCUCGUUCUGGAACACGUCUCAGGUGGAGAGCUCUUCGAUUAUCUGGUUAAGAAGGGCAGAUUAACGCCGAAAGAGGCCAGAAGAUUUUUUCGACAAAUCAUUUCCGCAUUAGACUUUUGCCAUAGCCAUAGCAUAUGUCAUAGAGAUUUAAAGCCUGAAAAUUUGUUAUUGGACGAGAAGAACAAUAUUAAGAUAGCGGACUUUGGGAUGGCGUCGUUGCAACCAGCGGGUUCGAUGUUAGAAACCAGCUGUGGCUCGCCUCAUUAUGCCUGUCCAGAAGUGAUCAGAGGAGAAAAAUACGAUGGUAGGAAAGCAGACGUAUGGUCAUGCGGUGUUAUACUUUAUGCACUUUUAGUUGGAGCUUUACCCUUCGACGACGAUAAUCUAAGAAAGUUAUUAGAGAAAGUUAAACGCGGAGUGUUUUACAUACCGCAUUUCGUACCACCGGAAUGCCAGAAUCUACUUCGAGGAAUGAUAGAGGUUGAUCCGGACAAAAGAUUAACGCUUGCUGAAAUAAACAGGCACGUAUGGGUAACAGCGGCGGGGAAAGGGGAAUUAGAGUUGGAAUUAUCGAUGAUGGACGUGGUGCAGACGCACGUUAUUCCGUCCGUUGACGCCAUCGAUCCCGAUGUCUUGCAAGCGAUCGCCAGUUUGGGAUGUUUUAAAGAACGAGAUAAAUUAAUUCAAGAACUUCUUAGUCCGAAUCAUAACACGGAGAAAGUGAUAUACUUUCUCUUGCUCGAAAGAAAACGAAGAAGGCCAGCAUGCGAAGACGAGCUGGAGGUAAUGAGAGGUGGUGUAAGAGGAACUGGGGGACAAUUGGAAGCCGAUCCACCAAGAAAACGAGUGGACACGUGUCGUGUUAACGGCAGUACUGCGUUAAAUCUUGGACAAAUUAGUCAUGGUUCCCCUUUGACACCCAGAAGACAAUCGAGUACGAGGCAUCACGCACGACGGUCGCCAAGUACCGGAUGUCAUACGCACGCAUCUCACUCGCACGCAUCGACACCUGGUGGUUCACCGUUACACGUACCAAACGUGCCAGGUCUUCUAAGUCCACACAGAUCGGUGCCAACCUCUCACAUAAGUCAAACGGGUAGUCCGCAUCGACUUUCGGCUGUAACCACUACCGGUGGAAAUGGUACUCCUCCGAGUCAAGGGGUGCCAACUCCAACUCCGGCCCUGGCCAACGUCGGGAUCGAAUUGAACGAUGUUCAACCCGUUCGUUUUACAGUGGUCGCAGUUGGUGUUACACCACCAGGCUCGCCACAUACUGGCGCAGGUUCCGGCGCUUACCAUUGGAGAUCUCGAUUGACCACAUUGAAGAAUUCCUUCCUGGGUAGUCCCAGAUUCCAUCGUCGUAAAUUGCUCACUAGUACGGAAGAGGUACAUCUAACACCGGAAUCCUCGCCAGAAUUAACGAAAAGAUCAUGGUUUGGUAGUCUAAUGACGACCGAAAAAGACGAGACAUUUACAGUUCUCGUCAAAGGGAAACCAUUGGCCAGCGUGAAAGCCGAUUUGAUUCACGCUUUUUUGUCGAUAGCCGAACUAUCGCACAGUGUGAUUUCACCGAUGUCGUUCAGAGUAGAAUAUAAAAAGGGUAGCACGGCACCAGCCAUGUUUCAAAGGCAGGUCCGAUUUCAAGUUGACAUAAGCGGUAUUACGAAGCAGUCUAACGAGCCACUAUUCGCCAUUACUUUUACGUUAUUAAGUGGAAAUAUUCGAAGAUUUAGGAGGGUCUGCGAACACAUACAAUCGCAAGUAUGUUCUAGAAACGUCGGUUUGAAUUUAACCGGACAAACCAGAGCAGCACCACCGAGUCCAAGAGCAUCUAGAAAGUUUGCCACGGAAAUGAGCGAAAGUUCUAGCUGCGGAAGUGACACCAGCGAAAGGCUAUUUCUCAGUCCUCAUCCCGCUACCAGACAGGUAGUCUGUUUCAACAAGAUCGACUCGGAUAUGGAAUCGGACACAUCAGUGUUCGAUGUGAAGUCACCUACGCGCGAAAAUGGCCGAAGAAGUUCGACGUCGACCAACAACAACAAUCCUUUACCUGGCGACUCAACACCGACACCAGGUAGUCCACCUAAAGCGGUUCGAAGUAAUUCCGAAAGUCAAAACACACCGGAAAAAAAGUGCGUCACGACGAUGAGCGGCAACAACAUAGCGUGAUACUAUCAGAACUUACGCUUCGAAUUCCGAUCGAGUCUGAAGAAUAUCUGGGACAGUGCUCAGAGGUUUUGGUGAGAUAGACAGAAAGAAAAACAGAUAGACAGGCAGAGAGAAAGAGAGAAAGAAAGAGAAAGAAAGAGAGAGAGAGAGAGAGAGACAGAGAGAAAGAGAGAAAGAGAGAAAGACAGACAGAGAGAUAGAGAGAAGACCGUCGUAUUUUUUUCAAGAUCGACCAGAACAGUAACAGAUCGUCAGAGCUGAGACAUCAGAGCUGAAGAAGAAGAAGAAAAUAGGGAAAAAAUUGGAUACAAAACCAAAAACUCUCAUAUUGAUGUUGGGGAAGGUCGGAAGGAUUCAGAAAUAGUUCAUUAAAAACUUUUAGAAGAAAAAAGAAACAAGAACAAAAAAGACAAAAAUACUAGAAAGCUCAAUUAUUUCAAACGUUACCAGAUGCAUAUAUAUAUAUAUAUAUAUAUAUAUAUAUAUAUCGAGUGGAAAGAAAAACAUUUGAAACUUUUCUGAAACAAAACUCACAGUAGAAAAGAAUAAGAGGACGAAGAGGAACUAAAAGAGGACCAGAACAACUUCUUAAAUGAGAUGAUGGAUUUUUGUUGUUUCAGGAUAUUACAGUUCCGCGUUCCACAGCGAGAAAAGUACGUAAAAAGAAUUAUGUAAAAGCCGAAAUGUUCACUGCCGCUAAGAACUAUCGAGUUCGAGCUGGCAAAUCAAUUGUCGUUCGAAUCGAAGCGAUCGAAUUCAAAAUUUCUAGUCAAGAGACGUAAACUUUUAAUGAUUCAUGUAUGUCUUUUCGUUUAUAACACGCUCCCCGACGUUGUUCUUCUUAGAUUUUUUGUUUCUCUCUUUCUUUCUCCUUUUUUUCUAAUUCUCUGAGAUAUAACGAUUUUUUGCUUUUUAUAAAGAGCGAAUAAAUGAAGGAACUCAUGGAAAACAACAAAAAUAUCAAUCAAAUCAAAAAAAAAAUAAAAA